GCUUUCCAGUGCUGCUUCAUUCCCUCAGAGGAUAAAAGGCAGGGUCAACCUUUCCUGAGCUCCACAGAGAAUGCCCGCCAUGGUCCUGUCGCUGAUACUCCAGCUGUCGACUCUCUGGCCUGUGUGUCAUGCUGACUUCACAUCAACAGCGCCCCUAGCCUCCUACCCCCAGCCGUGGCUGGGAGCUCAUCCUGCUGCAGUCGUGACUCCUGGGAUAAACGUGACCUUGAGUUGCCGUGCACCCCAACCUGCCUGGCGGUUUGCACUCUUCAAAAGUGGCCUUGUCACCCCUCUGUUCCUCCGGGAUGUGUCUAUUGAGCUGGCUGAGUUUUUCCUGGAAGAAGUGACUCCGGCCCAGGGGGGCAGUUAUCACUGCCGCUACCGCAAGACAGACUGGGGGCCAGGUGUCUGGUCUCAGCCCAGUAAUGUCCUGGAACUGCUGGUAACAGAUCAGCUACCCAGACCAUCCCUGGUGGCACUGCCUGGGCCUGUGGUGGCCCCAGGAGCCAAUGUAAGCCUGCGCUGUGGAAGCCGAAUACCGGGCAUGAGUUUUGCACUGUACCGUGUGGGCGUGGCAACCCCUUUGCAGUAUAUUGACUCUGUGCAGCCCUGGGCUGACUUCCUUUUGAUCGGCACAAACGCACCUGGCACCUACUGUUGCUAUUACCACACACCUUCUGCCCCCUAUGUGCUAUCACAGCGCAGCCAGCCACUGGUCAUCAGUUACGAAGGUUCUGGCUCCUUGGACUAUACUCGGGGAAACCUCAUCCGUUUGGGGCUGGCAGGAAUGGUCCUCAUCUGCUUGGGCAUCAUAGUUACUUUUGAUUGGCACAGCAGGAGCUCUGCCUUUGGUAGUCUCCUGCCCCAGCAAGACUGGGUGUAGGCCUGUGGGAUGAGAAGAGACUGCCUGGAGAUGGACAGAGAAGCUGGGAUUCUUGGUGACCAGCUCCUCUGGAACAUGCUAGGCCUCCAGACUCCACUAGUUUAAUCGUUCUUCACCACAUUAUUAGGCUUGUUGAAGGAUGAAAGGAAGUGACUGGCCUGUGGUAAA